CGGAACCGUGAGCAUGAUGCUGCAGGUCUUCCUCAGCAUGCGCUUCGUCAAGUACCGAGGCACGGCACACGGGAUCAUGUUCAUGGGAUCGAUACUUUCGUCCCUCGUCAUUCCUCAAGUGCUCUUUUUUCUCGAGGACUCCUACGGAUUCGAUGGCUGCUUACUCAUAUUCGGCGCCCUGCUCUUGCACUUGGUUCCCAUCAGCUUUCUCCUGCGCUCUGACUCACCCACAACUACUGCGCCGCACUAUGAGGCCAGGCAAGAAGUGUUAGCAGAGAAACGUGACGUCAACCUGAACAGCAAGGAUAUUGUUCAAUCAGAGCACCGUUCCCGCACCAGUUCGUCGAGCACCGAGCGAAAACCUGGCGUCCUCGAGAGCGCGGCUCAAGUGCUACGCCUACCCAUGUUCUACGUCAUCCUCGUCACGUGGACAGUAAUGUGCUACAACGAGGACAUUUUCUUGACGACUAUAGUGGACUUCGCCGUCGACAAAGGCGUGGCGAAGCAUUUGGCGGUACCGCUGCUCUCAUAUCUGUCCAUAACUGACGCCAUAGGACGCAUCGGCCUUCCACUGCUCGCUGAUCGGAACGUCAUUCGGCGAAGUACGCUUGUUGGGUGCAACGCAGCUCUUACUGCCGCCUCCAUCGCCAUUCUACCGGAGGCUAACUCAUAUGCUUCCUUGGUGGUAGCCACCCUUCUUGCUGCGUGUUUUAACGGAUGCGGCAUGACAAUGCAUGGUGUCCUCAUGGCCGAUUACAUAGGUAUGGACAACCUUCCCGUUGGAUACGGCGUCGCUGGAAUCCUCGUUGUACCUUUACUGCUGAUCAAACCACUGCUAAUAGGUUACUUCCGGGACACACUCGGAUCUUACAAUAACCUCUACAGAAUGCUAGGAGGAAUGCAGGUCGUUCUCUUCCUUCUGUGGUUGUUUAUAUCGUACUGGGAGCGGCGCAAAAGGCCUUCUCCGCCUGCAUUACCUAAUGAGGAAGCAAAGACGCCCAACCGAAAGGAGAUAUGCAACGUGUCAUACAUCAAAGAGUGUCACCACUCAUCUCUGACUCCCUGCUUCUGCCCAGGGGAAGAGAAGUGCCACUUUUCCAAGACCUUCAAAGAGAGCAGAAACUCUGGACUGCCAUGGAUUGUGAAUGCGCCAUCGAAACGUUUGCCGCAUUUAGACGCAGCGAAUGUAGGUUGUCAACGGACAGCGAAGAAGUACUGUAGCCUGGAAAGCACGAAAAGGAAGCCUGUGGGUGCGCAGCGCGUUUCUAAUUACGGCAGUGUGACCGAUUUCAACAGUGAACAAAAGAUGCUGGGCUCGCUUUGACCUGGCAGUGCAAAAAAUUUUAAUAAGCAUGAUUAGUAAUCUGCAGUCCUGUCCUGGUAUACCGUGCACGUAUCGUUUGAAACUGGGGAGGUUUGGCGACGAUAAGAAGACGUGAAAGUGAAUUAUUGUUGUGAACAUGACUUUCGACUGAUUAGAGUGUGGCCAGCAUUCGUAAGGGUGUCAGACGUGCCUGCAGGUCACAUCUUUGCAACCAACAUAACAGAUCAUUUUAGCGGAGACACAAACACCAUAGGAGGAGCGUUGUACAUGGAUGUGCUGUUUAGGCGAUGAAGCAAAAAGGUAGCAAAAUUUACUGAAAUAAAUCAAAGGUUGUUGCUACCAGCAAGAGAGCCGUCCUAAACGAACAUUUGAUUUGCAGCAACUGCUUAAGUUGGUAAAAUAAGUUGCCUUCUACUCUUAGCACUCCAUGUAUAAAGAAACAUGUCCUGCACAGAACGUUGUCGCCGACAAAGCCUGCUUAGUCCACAGCUGGUUGUAAAGGUCGUAUAAGUGUUCAUGUCGCAGACGUUACAACAAUACCCUUUUCUGUAGAAAACAAAGUUGCAGGAAGGAAACUGUUUUAAUAGUCAACUGAUGAACAGGCGUAAGAUUUCCGUCUUCAUUGUUACGUUCCCCACCUAAUUCAGUUCAUCAGUAGUGAGAAAAACACAUUGAGGGGCUGGUAUGUUCACAAAUAGGUAGGGAAUUCCUUUGCUAAUAGCAACAAAGGGAGACCACACGAGGAAAUGCAGAAAGCAAUGUAAGCGCAAUUGGUAGUCUGUGCUUACAAUAGUGCUACGUGUCUUCUCGUGUGCUGUUUCUUCCAUUGGGUUCACGCAGUAACUGCCAAGCGCAAUUUUCAGUACAUGAUGCAUUUCAUACACUAAUUAGAUAACAGAAUGUUAAACCUAAGCGGUGCAAAACUACAGACAAGAAGGCUACACAUUUCAUUUGAUUUCCGUUAUUUACUAUCAAGGUGCACAACAUUACAGAGGGGGUGGGUAAUAUGGGGCAAUUUCAUCAAGUGGAAUUUUCUGCCUAAAAAUUAUUGUCAUCAAUGACGGAGGCCAAGUUGGCGCGAAGAUAGUUACGAUCCGUGCUUGUGGCCGGUACAAAAUAAUGAAAGUACAUAUUAGUACGACAAUAAGGCACACCAACUUCGAACUGAUGCUCCUUUCAUAAAAAUUCAAGUGUGCGAUGCGAGGAGCGAGUUACGUAGAACAGGCUUGGAAUGGUAUACUUCAUCGAAAAAACACAGUCGAGCAGAUUUACGCUGAAGUGAAAAAGCAGACAAAUGAAGACAUGAUUUCAUUCAUGUGACACUUGCAGAACGGCAAUAGUUGGAUAAAACUAAACGAGCAGAACGGUUUUGUAUGGCUUCGAUGCAGAGGAAUAACGAUUGAAAAUAGUACAAUACGAAGAUCAAGUAAGCAGCCAAGAGCAGAAGAACAAAAAUAAUUCAGCGUAUAGCCUGAAGUGUUGACAAUACCGCUUAUACGCCACGCUCCACCAAUCAUUUAAACAUCCCAUUUCCGGAAAAUGAGCCAGUCCAUAGUCUCCUUGCAGGAGUGAAAAACUACCCUUGCAAAUGAUAACGAUACGCAUCGAGGAGCUUAUAGCACCGUCAUAACCCUCUAAGAAGCUUUUUAAGGGUAUUGUCUAGCACCUAAUGCUGAAAGAGAAGCAGUAAAGUAGAAAGGUGUAAACAGUUUUAUGUUUUCUGGCCCGAAGAGCUGUAGUACAUUUAGUGUGAAAGAAUAAUUGCUUGUUCCGACACCAGGUAUCAUAUUAAUGUCAUGAUGCACAACAAAACUCUUAUAUACAAGAAAUUUAACUAUAUCGUUAAAAAAAGACUACCUCAUAUAAAACACGAUGGCUAGCACUAUCGGUGACACUGAUAUCAGCGUCUCUGCCGUUAUUGCAACGUACUUCAAAAAAUGGCUGCUGACCAUUCAUUAUGCCGGAUACUAUUUGGUAAUAUCGGAAUACGCAAAAUAAGGUCCAUAAGAACAGUCUACUUUUAUACCUCGGCGAAGUGCUGGUCGUCUUUGGUGUAUAUUUGCCUUGCCUUUUGGAGAGGUGUCACGUCCAGAAGUGUUUGUGGGUAUUUCAAGCCAACAUAGCCUUACCUUGUU